AUGGAAUCACAACAUCAGGCGGUGCAAAAUAGCACAGCUGUCACUGAAUUUAUACUCCUGGGACUCUCCAGCAACCCUCGGGUCCAGCUCAUACUCUUUGGUCUCUUCCUCCUCAUCUACUUGGUGGCGCUAAGUGGGAAUACACUUAUCUUUCUCAUCAUCUGUAUAGAUAGCAGACUUCACAACCCCAUGUACUUCUUCCUGAGUAAUCUCUCUCUGGUGGACAUUGGGUACACAUCUUCCACUGUUCCCAAGAUGCUGAUGAAUUAUCUCUCUCAAGACAAGCAUAUCUCCCUCACUGGUUGCUUGUCCCAGAUGUAUUUCUUCAUCUCCUUUGGUGGCAUUGAGUGUCUUCUGCUGGGUGUCAUGGCAUAUGACCGAUAUGCUGCCAUUUGCCAUCCACUACAUUAUCAUGUACUCAUGAACCGCAAAGUAUGUAUCUGGCUAGCAGCAGCUGCUUGGGUUUUGGGCUUGGCUAACUCUGGUGUGCACUCUGGCCUGAUGUCCCUCUUGUCCUUCUGCCGGGACAAUAUAAUCCAACACUUUUUUUGUGACAUCCCACCUCUAUUCCAGCUCUCUUGCUCUGACACUCAGGUCAAUCAAAUAACUACCUUUGUGGUGGGAGGAGGAGUGAUCAUGGGUUCAUUUUUAGUAACCCUGGUGUCAUAUGCCUAUAUAGUCCAGGCCAUCCUCAGGAUCCGCACCAAGGAAGGGCGGCUCAAGGCCUUUUCUACAUGUGCUUCUCACUUGACUGUAGUCAACAUAUACUUUGGCACUAUCAUCUUCACAUACAUCCGCCCCAACUCAUCGUACUCCCAGGAGCAAGAUAGGGUCUUGCCGGUGCUAUAUGGAAUUCUUACACCUAUGCUUAAUCCAAUCAUCUACAGCUUGAGGAACAAGGAUGUUAAAGGGGCACUCAGGAAAGCCAUGGGUUCCUAA